UUCCCCACAUUGCGUCAGAGGGGCGCGGCGCGUGGCUUGGCACGGUGAGGUGGAUGUUCCUGCGCGCGUCAGGUGCAGUGUGGACUGUGUGAGUGCAGCAUGUCCGCCGUGGACUGGAGGAAGAAGUGCGAGGCAGAGUGGGCUCUGCAGGCCGCCGCCAUGCCGGACGGUGUGGACUGGAAGUCCGUGUUUGAAGCCAGGCCUCUGGACCGGAACCUGCUGAAGAACCCGGCUCCGUUCGGGCUGAGUAAGGACAGCCCCCCACCUGAGCCUGAGCUCUCUGAAGUGCCCCCACAUGGACCCCCGCGGUUUCAACCAGAUGGUGACUUUACUGGCUGGAGCACGAGUACAGAAGUCCUGCCAUAUGACACCAGCAGCAUCCCUGAAGGUGUCGUGGUCUGUGCCUUGCCUCAGUUCAGCUGGUUCACCUUGGAGCAGGUUGUGGACCUGAAGGCAGAAGCACUGUGGGAGCAGCUGCUGGAUGAUUUUCAGCCUGACAUAGUCAUUCAAGACUGGUAUGAGGAGAGUCAACUGCAUGCCUCCAUCUACAAACUGCAUGUGAAACUACUGGGAACAGACAAAACUACAGUGAUCUCAGAGCACAGUGUCAGCCCCACUGAGGAUCUGAGCACCUACUCACACAUCUGGAAGGAGGUGUCUCAUGUGUUCUCCGGCUAUGGACCUGGGGUGAGAUACGUCCACUUCCAGCACCAAGUGAAGAACAGCUUCCUGAAUGAUUUCUUCCCCACACGCCUCACUGGGAGCGCUGUAAUUGUAAAACCGGUCAAAAGUGGUCCCUAAGCUGAAUCUUGCAACCUCACAUGCUUGUUAAGACAGUCUAACCAGCACAUGGAGUGGUGUCUUAAAGAAACAUAAUAAAAUAAAGGUCUAAAUUAACCCA